AUGAUUCACGGAAACGCCUCUAGCCGCUGGUGGGUCGAGCUUUUAACAGAAGUGACAAUUUUCGUUAUAGGGUUUUUGGGAAAUAUCUUUGUGCUUAUUAUCGUUCACAAGAGGAACGCCAGGAUGACAGUACAUGGGAUUUUUGUUACAAGUCUGGCUAUUGCAGAUCUGGUUUUGCUGUGUUUUGAUUCACCUGUUUCUAUUUUACGCCGGUUCAGUCUCGAGUCCGAAACGUAUAACUGCAGAGUACAUCCGUCGGUUGUUACAACCGGAUACAAUGCAGGACUCUUCACUAUCACUUCCAUGGCGAUUCAUCGGUGCCAUAUUGUAACAAAUCCGUGGAAACCGAAGCUGAAGCGGAGAGGUUCAAUAAUUUGGGUGUCGCUUGUGUGGCUGGCUGCUUUUAUUUUGGUUAUUCCACUUAUUGUUGUCAAUAGAAUAACAGAAAAUGGCAAAUGUGAAGAGCAGUGGUCCUCACUCACAGUCCGUCGGGCAUACACUGCUUUGCUAAUGACACUUCAGUACAUGCUACCACUGCUCAUAACAGCAAUUUGUUAUCUUCGAAUACUGGUAUUUUUGAAACAGCGGCCUGUAUUGCCGGGAAACAACGAUCCCAGCAACAGAAGUCCAGCUCUAAAUGAAGAGAACACCAGAGAAACAAUAACGAUACUAAAGACCGUAGCAGCAAUUGUUUUCUUGUUUUUGGUGUUGUUGUUGCCAAAUCAAGUCGCUUGGAUGCUGUUGGAUUUCAGAAAUGUUUCCUAUGAAGAGCUUUGGUUUGUUGCAGAUAUACUGACAAGACUGCAUAGCUGUCUAAACCCAGUUGUGUACGGAGUCACGAACAAACAGUACCGUCGUAGUUACGCCAGCUUUUUAUCGUGCAUGUUUUGCACGAUAUCGUGCAUGUUUUGCGGUUGCGGACGAUCUGGGAGCCUUGAUCUUACGCCAGCGGAAAACGCCACCGCAUAAUUCAGGAAACGACUGAGCAAUUUGCCUGUGGUUACACGGAACAGUGUUAGAUUCAAGAACUUAGGAUUUUCUUUAAAAAAAAUUACAUUUGUUAAGGGGUGCUACUCAUACAAUGUUUGACCAAAAAACAUUAACCCCCUCACGAACUUUUUAACUAAAUACGUUUUAACGCAAAAUGUUUCCCAUAUCCCUUGAUUAAUUUAUAUUAUGUUAUUCCCGUGUGAUUAACCUCGGUUGCCAGACAAAUUACCUGAUCUAGGCGGAGCAUCAUCAACUUUAUAUACAAAAAGGAUAAUCUCGAGAAACAACUCAAGGGAUAUAGUUCCUUCUUAAACUUCCUGGUUAUGCGCUCUACUGUAAACGUUAGAGUUAGCGCCAAGGGAGCUUGCUAAUGCUUUUGAUUCAAGAAGGGGUGCUAUAGCUAAGCAGAUUCUCCUUUUGAGGAAAUUUUAGUUUUCGAGGGUUGGCCCCUCGUCAGAGCGAGAGAAGAAGGGCUAACGCUCGAAACGUCAGCUUUGAAACUCUACACGGUGGCCAAUUUACAUUAUCAACUCAGUCGAUAAAACCAACAUUUUCAAAUAUAAUAUAUCUGUUUUACUGAUUUAAAUGGUUACUGAGGUUUUCGUUUUAAACUUUGCUUAGGAUUCCUUAGCACUAAUCAAACGUACUUAUUCUUGAAUAACCGAGACGAUUUAUCGCGGAUUAUUUCCAAAAUAUCAACGAAAAAUUGGGUGAUGGCUACAUUGAAAUUGAGUGACUCAGACUUGUAACACUUUACGCUAAGCACCAGGAGCUUAUAAUGGGCUCCUGCAAGAACUUAUAAAAUGCUAAUGAGGAGGAAAUUUGUAUAUCGACGAAAAUCCAAGUCACGACGCGACAGUGAUUCAACGGGUAAGACAACGAUUCCAUAUAUGCCGCGAACGAACGUACUCUUCGGAACAUUUCUUUGUCGCGACGGCACGCCUAUCACGUGAAUUUUGAUCAUGCAGGGUUUCAUGGCGUAAUAAACGCACAGCUGAGUGCACUCCCUAGCAGGCAAUGACAGGAAAAUUCACUUAAAUUUAAUUUGAAAAUGCAAGUUGCGCGAGUUGCAUUAAUUGUAGUAAUGCAUUUGUUAUGACGUCAUGUCAUGGCUACUUAACUCGCCAGUAACAUGAAUAACAAGCGCUUCAAUAAUUAUCAUCUUGUUGUAGGAGACCACUCGUGGCAUUGGUGGCGUUUUAGAGGAAAACAAUUAUCAAUUCAUCAUUUAUCUUCGUCCUUUUUUUGAAUUAUACUACCGUCGACGUGUUAGCGUGAAUUACUAAGACCCUCAUCAGGAUUAUGACUCCUAGCGUUUCAAAUUGGCAUGAAAUGUUUUCCAAAGGCCGUAAUUCGGGUUUGCCCUUUGUACAACUUCUUUUUAAAGUCAUUUUAUGAGUGCACCCAUCAGUUUAGCUUUUGAAAGCGCGCAAUUGCUCCUAACCGGAAAGAAUUCUCCAUAGAAACAGGUCCUUGUGUUGGAGGGUGUGUUAAUCAUUGACUCUUGCAACAUGUUAUAUUAUAUUUAAACUAUUAAUCUAGCUCACGGUUCAGAGUACUUUAACAUGAGUCCAAGACUGAACAUAAGAAGAUUCCAUUUUUUAACGCUCAUUGUUAUACGUUAUCGGAACCAAUUCCACAGGAAAGCUUUACGUCUUAGCGACAUAACCUAAUUUAGAAACAUGUAAAAUACAUGAAUAUUGAUCGCUGUGCUUAAUUCAAUGCCUACAUUUUAUAUAAUGUACCUGUAGUUAAAAUAACAACCUUGAACAAAACUCCUUUUGGAAGAAUUUUUGUUACAGGAUUCAACAAGUCGAAAGAUUUCAUGACAUACUGAGGCUCGAUGUGCGCGAGCAUCAACAGAUGACAUUAAACGACACGGCAGGUAAAAAAAAUGUUUUCCAAGUGAAUAAUCGACGCUAAUUCGUUUCAUUUCGGAAUAUUCCAUUAUAGAAAGAAUAGCGGGUUGUGCGGAGAACUUACCUUGCAGCUGCCUAUUAAGUGAGUUAACUGACCAAUCAUAUUUCUCAAUCUGAAACAUAUAGCCUGGGUAUUGCCAAAAUUUUCCGGAGGCUAGUGAGGCUCUUGGAAAUUAUUCUGAAUUAUUGAUGAAUCGGCAUAGUAAGUGAAAAAUAUAAACGGAAAAAUACAAAAAGAGUACUAGUUUAAUUAACAGUAUCAUCAAGAGAGUAACAUGGUCAGUCAACACUUGUCGGGAAAACUCUUUUCAUCGAGCCAUCAUCGAUAAACAAAGACAAAUACAUCACUGUGUAAAUUUAGGAAGCAGUCAAUCAAGGAACUCGACGAUAACAGCUGGAAGAAAGCAAGGCUUCGUUCAAACAAACGAAGCUUUCGCCGAGUCAUUGAAACUCACCAGUACUUACCAAGCGAUAAGUGAUCAAAGGCGAAAACAGAACUUAACUUCUCAGACUCAGUUAUUCAUGUUUGAAAUGGAGAACCCAAAAUGGGGGUUCCAACUUGCCCUUGAGGUCACUAUCUUUAUCGUGGGACUUACAGGAAAUAUCUUUGUACUGAUUAUAGUUCUCAAGAGAAACGCCAGGACGACAAUUCAUGGAACAUUUGUUACAAGUCUGGCCAUUGCAGAUCUGGUUUUGCUGUGUUUUGAUUCGCCUGUAGCCAUUUUACGUCGUUUUGGCCACAAGGCUGAUGUAUUUAACUGCAGAAUACAUUUGACUGUUGUUACAACCGGAUAUAAUGCAGGGCUUUUCACUGUCACAUCCAUGGCGAUUCAUCGGUGCCAUAUUGUUACAAAGCCGUGGAGACCAAAGCUUAAACGAAGAGCUGCAAAGAUAUGGGUGUCACUGGUGUGGCUAGCUGCUUUUAUAUUGGUUAUUCCACUUAUCAUCGUCAAUAAAAUAACAGAAAAUGGAAACUGUGAAGAUUGGCCUUCCCUUGCUCAUCGCCAGGCAUACACCGUCUCACUCCUCACAGCACAGUAUAUCUUACCGCUGCUGAUUACAGCAAUUUGCUACAUACGAAUAUGGCUUUUUAUGAAAAAUCGACCAGUGUUGGCGAGAAACAGCAAUUUAUUUACUAAAAGACAAAUCCCUGGAGAAGACAGUACAAGAGAGAGUGUGAUAGUACUGAAAACCGUAGCGGCUAUUGUUUUGACGUUCUCGGUAUUGUUAUUACCAAAUCAAAUCGCUUGGAUGCUGUUUGAUUUCAGAAAUGUUUCCUAUGAGGAGCUCUGGUUUGUUGCAGAUAUAUUUACAAGGCUCCAUAGCUGUACAAACCCAGUUGUUUAUGGAGUCAUGAACCCACAGUAUCGUCGUAAUUACAUCGCAUUUCUUUCGCGCAUGUUGUGUUGUCGUCGAUUCAGACGUGUUGCACAGGCACCCCCAAAUAGGACAAUGGGUGACCAAGCCGUUCGACAAGCUGCAUGUAUUGAGCAAAACAUAUCACAGAACCACCAG